CCAGGAUUGAGUAGCCGCUCGGCAGGAUCGCAGUAAUUACCUGCACUGGACAUUCCUGGCAAUUUGCUGUUAGACAGAGAAUGGGGGACAAGCGACAACGAGCAAGGGUUCAGGGAUCCUGGGCCGCGUCACUGCCUAAACCGGCUCCCAGCGCAAAAGUAGGGGUUGCUGGAGGAAACAUAGGAAGCCCUGGUGCAUCUGUGUUCCAAACUGGGGCAUGGGGUGAGAGACAGCAGACAUUUAAGUUUCAUCAGCCUGCCAAGCCCUUGAGGGACAUCCCAGCUGAGAAGGUGAUAAAAGAUGCGGGUGAUUAUGCGAUCAGCCAUGGCCCCUCAGGUGUCUCGAGGCUCCGUCUGAUCCCUGGGUUUCUGCCACAGACUGAGGCCGACUGGAUGUUCAGUCAGCUCUAUGCUGAGUUGCCCUGGUCACAGAAGACUAACUUUAGACUAGGCCAGGCCUACUUGGAGCCCAGACUCACCUGCUGGUAUGGAGACCUGCCUUACACCUACAGCAACUCCAAAAGGCAGGCCAAUCCGCAGUGGCACGCUGUGCUGAACGGCCUGAAGGAUAUGGUGGAGCAGGCAAGCAGGUGUUCCUUUAACUCCCUACUGUGCAACCUGUACCGUGACGGGAAGGACAGCAUUGCCUGGCAUAGCGACAAUGAGCCUUCCUUGGGGCCACAUCCCACCAUUGCCUCCCUCAGCCUGGGUGACACUCGCUGCUUCAGUAUGCGCAAGAAGCCUGCUCCGGAGGAGAAUGGAGACUACACAUGUGUGGAGAAGCUGCGGAUACCCCUGGUUCAUGGGACUCUGCUGAUAAUGGAGGGCGCUACACAGGAGGACUGGCAGGUUGAGCAGAACCUGAAGUGGCUGUGGAUGUGGAGCUGUAGUUUCUUAACAUAUUUAGUAAGUGCCAGGAAAGAAAAGGGCCUAAUUUUAAGGCAUGAAUACUUGCCAUUUUCAUGACGUGCUCAUAAGCAUUUGUCGUUCAAUAGCAAUUUAUUUUGGAGAAAAAAAUUUAGAUUUUUGAAAGGAUAUUCAGGAACCCAAUAUGUAAAAAAUAAAGGUUUUGUUUAAUUCUUAAGUGUCUAAUUCUGUCACUUCUUCAAAGCAGAACCAAAAUCAACAUCAAGGGACAAGAAGCUGCCAAAUAAUGCCCCAGAAGGGAUGUUUGUUAUUCACUUGUUUUUCUUUUAUAUGUAUUUGAUUUAGCAUUUUUAAAAUGUCUGAACAGAUGUUUUCCAUCUGUCUAAAAGAAGUCAUGGGGGGAUUGCUGGCUGAAGGUUUUUUUGAGCCAGAUUGAGCAUUACUUCAGUGUGGCAAAGGCAAGGAAUGUUUUUGGUUGCUGCAAGAGAGAUGAAGUAAACAGCAGCAGGUGAGUUCAUGGCUUGUUCUCUUCCUUCCAUGAGCAUCUUGUUUGCUGAGUGGAAUUUUUCACUUAUGAUAUCAUGCUAGAUCUUUGAUUAUUAACCUCCCUGGCAGUCAGGUUAUAGAUGGGCAGAUGGUGUUUUAGUUCAGAUUCCUCAUUUUGCACCUAUGUUUUUAUUCUGCAAAACCAGUACCCUGGUAAAAUAUUUCUGCAGACAAACCAGGCAUUUCCGAAACAGCCUUUUUAAAUGCUGUUGGCUUUGUCAAACUCAAAUUAUUCAAUGAAGUGCAUUCCCUGGGUUUUCGUUUUCUAAUUGAUUUAGAUUUCUAAUUGAAUUGUUCCAGAGGAGUUCUUCAACCAUCUCCUGAGCAAACACAGUGUAGCUGAACUAAUGGUUUCUCAUGAUUUUACGGAGAAAUGCCAUCGACCAGUAUAGCUUCAUGGCUAAUUCUUAACUGAUGGGCUGCAGCCGUGUUGGACCUGAGUUGCACUGAGUAAGAUCCCUUUCAGCAGCUGAAGCUUGGCACUUCUCUUCACACUUGGCAGCAGAAGAUGGUUGCCACAGUGAACAUAGGGAAGGUUUAAUCUUGAAGAGCUGCACGAUGCAGGCCAGUUCUCUCUGGACUCAUUUGAUCUCACCAGGUUCUUGUGUUGGAGAGGUGGGAGGUGGGCAGCGAUAGUGAAAUGUUUGAGGCCUUGUACACACACACACCCUUAAACCUGG